GGGAGGUGGGCUGGGAAAUGAUGUAUAUAAAUAUAAAAUCACACAGUUUGAGGACCACAGCAUUUCAGACAGCAGGUCAGUGUAACAGUGCAGGAGUUAAGAUUUUGCAAAAUGGAGUCUCUUUCAGUGGCAAACACCAAUUUUGCACUUCACCUAUUCACCAAGAUCAAGGAAGGCAACAAAACCGGGAAUGUCUUCUACUCUCCUCUCAGCAUCUCUUCUGCGCUGGCCAUGGUGUCUCUAGGAGCUGCAGGCAACACAGCAACUCAGAUGUCUGAGGUGCUGCACCACAACAAAGCCAAGGACGACGUCCACGUCAGCUUCAACAAGCUGAUGGCUGAACUGAACAAAGCAGGAGCUCCGUAUGCCCUCAGCGUAGCCAAUAGGCUUUAUGGAGAGCAGACCUACAAAUUUGUGGAGAAAUUUCUGAAGGAGACAAAAACACACUACCAUGCUGAGCUGGAAACUGUUGACUUUAAAGCAAAUGCAGAAUCUGCACGGGUCAAUAUUAAUAACUGGGUGGAGAAGCAAACAAAAGAAAAGAUCAAGAACUUGCUGCAAAAAGGAAUUGUUGAUAAUUCGACCAGACUUGUCUUGGUGAAUGCCCUCUACUUCAAGGGCAGCUGGGAGAAGCAGUUUAAGGUUGACGCAACACAGGAGCUUCCUUUCAAGCUGAACAAGAAAGAAACUAAACCAGUGCAGAUGAUGAAUCAGGACGCAGAGUUUCCCCUGGCCUUUAUUCCUGAUCUGCGGUGCAAGAUUCUUGAAAUGCCAUAUAAGGGCAAGGAGCUCAGCAUGCUAAUUAUGCUACCUGUUGAGAUUGAAGAUAACACUACUGGCCUUGAGAAGCUUGAGCACCAGCUCACUUAUGACAACUUCAUGGAGUGGACACGGCCUGAUAGGAUGGACACUGUGGAGGUGCAGGUGUCUUUGCCGCGAUUCACACUGGAGGAAACCUAUGACAUGAAGGAGCUGCUCAUCAGCAUGGGCAUGGUAGAUGCCUUUGACAUGGACAAAUGUGAUUUUUCACACAUGUCUCCUUGCGAUGACCUGGUGCUCUCCGAGGUGGUACAUAAGUCUUUUGUAGAAGUGAAUGAGGAAGGCACUGAAGCAGCUGCAGCUGCAGCCACCGCGGUCGUGGCGAAUUGUGUCCCACAGCACUUUGUGGCAGACCACCCCUUCCUCUUUUUCAUUCAACACAAACCAACCCGAAGCAUUCUCUUUUGUGGACGUUACAGCACUCCUUAAAUUGCCCGAUGCUCUGAAGUGCAAUUAUAACUCUAUGCAGUCAUUUGAUGUCAUAACUAAAUAAGUGUGCACUGACUAAACAUGUUUAGCUUAAAAUAUGGAAAUAUAUUUCCUGACAUAUUUCCAAUAAAGCACUUUGACAAAA